CGCCUGCGCCAUACGACAAAUGUGGCGCUGUCCCCUUCAGCACCACGCGGGAUCCGCGUCACCCUUCCCCGCGCUGAGCUGGGCCCAGCCUCUCCUUUGCCUCUUCUUCGUUCCUGCUCCGGACGAGCCGCGGCCUAUCUGAAGAGCAUGCAGCUCCCUCACUCCCCACCCGGCCUUGCCAUCCCUGCCCCUCCAGCCUGACCUCCGGCCCCAGCAUGGCCCAGGGUGCCAUGCGCUUUUGCUCAGAAGGUGACUGUGCCAUCUCCCCACCAAGAUGUCCCCGUCGCUGGCUCCCCGAAGGCCCAGUACCACAAAGUCCCCCAGCCAGCAUGUAUGGCAGCACAGGCUCCCUGCUUCGAAGAGUGACAGGUCCAGGUCCCCGAGGCCGGGAACUGGGACGUGUGACAGCACCUUGUACGCCUCUACGUGGCCCCCCUUCACCCCGUCUUGCUCCCUCACCUUGGGCACCUUCUUCCCCCACGGGGCAGCCUCCGCCCGGGGCCCAGAGCUCUGUAGUCAUCUUUCGCUUUGUGGAGAAGGCCAGUGUGAAGCCAAUGAAUGGGCUACCCGCUCCUGGAGGUUUGAGUCGGAGCUGGGACCUCGGCGGAGUUUCUCCUCCCAGGCCUACCCCAGCACUUGGGCCUGGCUCCAACAGGAAGUUGCGGCUGGAAGCCUCCACAUCAGACCCACUCCCAGCUGGAGGAGGCUCUACCCUUCCUGGAAGCCGGGGCCCUUUAUGUGGGCCACCAGUCCCAUCCCAGGUUGGGGCAGAUGGCCUUUACUCCUCUCUCCCCAAUGGGCUGGGGGGUCCUCCUGAGCACCUGGCCACACUAUUCCGAGGACCUGCUCAUGCUGGAUUCCUGAACCAGGGGGAUACCUGGUCCUUCCCCCGGGAAGUCUCCUCUCACGCUCAGAGAAUCGCUCGAGCCAAAUGGGAAUUCUUCUAUGGCUCCUUGGACCCCCCCAGCUCAGGUGCUAAGCCCCCAGAGAAGGCCCCCCCAUCUCCUCGUGGGGUGGGCUUCGGGCAGGGCCCUGGGGUGGCUGUGGGGCGAGCAGCCAAGUACUCCGAAACGGAUCUGGAUACAGUGCCCCUGAGGUGCUACCGCGAGACUGACAUUGAUGAGGUGCUGGCUGAGCGAGAGGAGGCUGACUCUGCCAUCGAGAGUCAGCCCAGCUCUGAGGGCCCUCCUGGCACUGCCCGCCCACUCGUCCUACGUCCCAGCCCAUGCCCUGGCCCUCGCUCCAGCCUGGGCAGUGGCAGUGAGGAUGAGGAUGAGGCAGGAGGGGAAGAGGAUGUGGAUGACGAGGUGUUUGAGGCCUCAGAGGGGGCCCGGCCAGGGAACCAAAUGCCUCACCCGCGGUCUCUCAAGUCGCCCGUGCCCUUUCUACCUGGGACCAGCCCCUCAGCUGAUGGGCCUGACUCUUUCAGUUGUGUAUUUGAAGCCAUCCUGGAGUCACACCGGGCCAAGGGCACCUCCUACACCAGCCUUGCUUCACUGGAGGCUCUGGCUUCACCUGGCCCAACCCAGAGCCCCUUCUUCACCUUUGAGCUGCCCCCCCAACCCCCAGCUCCCCGACCCGACCCACCUGCUCCUGCCCCACUAGCCCCUCUUGAACCAGAUUCUGGUACCAGCUCUGCUGCUGAUGGUCCUUGGACACAGAGAGGGGAGGAGCAGGAAGCAAAAGCCAGAACCAAGCUGUCCUCAGGGAGGGAGCCCCCUAGUCCCUGCCACUCGGAGGACAGCCUUGGGCUGGGGGCGGCACCCCUUGGCAGUGAACCACCCCUGAGCCAGCUGGUAUCUGACUCAGACUCAGAGCUGGACAGCACAGAACGCCUGGCCCUGGGAAGCACAGAUACCUUGUCCAAUGGCCAGAAAGCAGAUCUGGAAGCCGCUCAACGCCUGGCCAAGAGGCUGUUCCGACUAGAUGGCUUCAGGAAGGCUGAUGUGGCCCGACACCUGGGCAAGAACAAUGAUUUCAGCAAGCUGGUAGCUGGAGAGUACCUCAAGUUCUUCGUCUUCACAGGCAUGACUUUGGACCAGGCUCUUAGGGUGUUUCUGAAGGAACUGGCCUUAAUGGGUGAGACCCAGGAACGGGAGCGGGUGCUGGCCCACUUCUCCCAGCGAUACUUCCAGUGCAAUCCUGAAGCACUAUCCUCAGAAGACGGCGCCCACACGCUGACCUGUGCUCUCAUGCUACUCAACACAGAUCUUCACGGCCAUAACAUCGGGAAGCGCAUGACCUGCGGGGACUUCAUUGGGAACCUGGAGGGCCUCAACGACGGCGGCGACUUCCCCAGGGAGCUGCUCAAGGCCUUAUACAGCUCCAUCAAGAAUGAGAAGUUGCAGUGGGCCAUAGACGAGGAGGAGCUGAGGCGCUCUCUGUCUGAGCUGGCUGACCCCAACCCCAAGGUCAUCAAGAGGGUCAGCGGGGGCAGCGGCAGCGGCACCAGCCCUUUCCUGGACCUGACUCCUGAGCCCGGGGCGGCUGUCUACAAGCACGGAACCCUGGUGCGAAAGGUGCACGCAGACCCUGACUGCAGGAAGACGCCUCGGGGCAAAAGAGGCUGGAAGAGCUUCCACGGGAUCCUCAAGGGCAUGAUCCUCUACCUCCAGAAGGAGGAGUACCAGCCUGGGAAGGCUCUUUCUGAGGUGGAGCUGAAGAAUGCCAUCAGCAUCCACCAUGCCCUGGCCACUCGCGCCAGCGACUACAGCAAGAGACCGCACGUCUUCUACCUGCGCACUGCUGACUGGCGGGUCUUCCUCUUCCAGGCCCCGAGCCUGGAGCAGAUGCAGUCCUGGAUCACGCGCAUCAAUGUGGUGGCCGCCAUGUUCUCUGCACCUCCCUUCCCAGCUGCUGUUAGUUCCCAAAAGAAAUUCAGCCGCCCUCUGCUACCCAGCGCUGCCACCCGCCUCUCCCAGGAGGAGCAGGUUCGGACCCAUGAGGCCAAACUGAAGGCCAUGGCAAAUGAGUUGCGCGAGCACAGAGCCACCCAGCUGGGAAAGAAGGCUCGAGGCAAGGAGGCUGAUGAGCAGCGGCAGAAGGAAGCCUACCUGGAGUUUGAGAAAUCCCGCUACGGCACCUAUGCAGCGCUGCUCCGGGUCAAACUGAAGGCAGCCAGUGAAGAGCUGGACGCCAUAGAGGCAGCCCUGGCCCAGGCCGGAAGCACGGAGGACGGACUUCCCCUGCCUCACUCCAGUCCCUCUCUGCGGCCCAACCUACCUAGCCAGCCCCGGGUUUCUCGGUCUAACUCAGAGGCCCGAUCAGGCAGUACAAGGAGAAAACCCUGAGCAGGAAGUGGAAGCUCGGGGGGGCAGUGCCUUUGUGGCAUCUGCACAAAGACAUGACCCUGCCUGGCUCGGGCCACCCACCAGGGCCUUCUGGCCCAGGGCCCGACCGCGCCGGACGCGGUGUCCGGGGCAGGGCAGGGCUGGGCAAGGGCUUCAGGAGCCUAUGCUAAGGGCCUUUCCGAGAUCCCCUUUUUGUGAUAAUGUUUUGCACUUUUUGGUACAGGGUGGGUGGGGGUGGGAGGGGCCAAUGCCCAUGAACUUUUGAUGUGGUUUCUUUUCUUUUCUUUUUUUUUUUUUUGUGGGGGAGGCCUGAUGACAUUUCUGCUUUUUGCUGAGACCACCCACCCUGAUACCAGCAACCCCUCUGGUCCUGGUGCCUGCCAGGAGUUGGGGCUGAGCUGGUUUCCCUCCUUCUCCCCAAGGGCUCACCCUUCUGUUUCCAGAGGUGGAGAAAGGGCGUCCAUGUUGAGACCCCAUCCACAGGCUUGAGCGGCACAGCCUGCUUGCCUCCCUCCGUGGGCCCUGCCCUUUGUACAGCCUCCACCCUCAUUAAAACUGCUCUGAAUUGC